GCCGAGAAAGCCGAGGACGGCGGAGGCGGCGGCGCUACUGCUCUCGACAUGCCCGCGAAGGAUCUCUACCGGCGCAAGCAGAGUCAAAUUGGAAUUCGACCUUCAAAAACAAAUAUAAGAAGAAGGGAUGAAGAGGGGGGCGUGGAAGUGGGUGAGGGGGCCGACGAAUGGUCCCAGACCAAGACAUUAAUCAAGCCUCCAGACCAGCUGGACCUGACUGAUGCGGAACUGAAAGAGGAAAUAACCCGCAUUCUGACAGCCAACAAUCCCCAUGCUCCGCAGAACAUUGUCCGAUACAGUUUUAAAGAAAAGGCCUACAAGCAGACCUCCGUGGUGGAGCAGAUGGCAGUUCACUUCUCCCUUUGUGGGAACCUGAUCUUCAAAGAUUCGGACGAGGGCCGCCGGCAGAGCGUAAGACACAGCUCCUCAGUGGGUCCCAUUUCGUCCCUGGUUCUGGACUUCGCUGCCUUCGACGCUGAACUGAGAGAAGCGGAAACCGAAGGAGGCGAAGAAGAAGAAACGGAAGUGGCAAUAACCGAGAAACAGGAAUUGCCGGAAAUCCUGGUCGAGAGAGAGGAGGAGGUCCACACACGAGGCGUACAGGAGCGGAAGCUGACCAACCAGUUUAAUUUCAGCGAAAGAGCCUCCCAGACCUACAACAACCCUGUGCGGGACAGGGCCUGCCAGAUGGAGCCCCCACCAAGAGCCACUUUCUCGGACACCGCUAACCAGUGGACCAUCUACGACGUUUACGUGGAAGAGCUUCAAAAACUGGAGAAGUCAAAGGAGAAAGAAAAACAGAAAGCUCCCGUGACCAAGAAAGAAGACAAAAUGAUGGGAAGGAAAUUAACCUCUCUGGAAUCACAGAGUGACGACAUCAACAAAGUGGCCAAGGCAGCGAAGAUCGUGGAGCGGAUGGUCAACCAGAACACUUUUGAUGACAUCGCUCAAGAUUUCAAGUACUUCGAAGACGCCUCCGACGAGUAUCGGGACAACAUGGGGACGCUGCUGCCCCUCUGGAAGUUCCAGUACGACAAGGCCAAGCGCCUGGCCGUCACCGCCCUCUCCUGGAACCCCAAGUACAAAGACUCCUUUCUCGUUGGACACGGCUCCUGUAAGUUGUGA